CCAAGUGGACCCCAUUGUCGCCUCCUUCACAGGCGGAGCGGUGGGGGUGCUGUCAGCACUGCUGGUGGUGGAGGUGAAUAACGUCAAGCAGCAGGAGCACAAGCGCUGCAUGUACUGCCAUGGAUCAGGCUAUCUGGCGUGUGCGCGCUGCUCUGCCACGGGCUCUCUCAUAGACGUGCAGCUGGAAGGGGAGGGUUCAGCAGAAGGCGGAGGAGCAGCAGCAGCGGCAGGAGGGGGUGCUGCAGCCAAUGGGGCAGCAGCAGCAGCAGCAGCAGGGGGAGCAGCAGCAGGGGGAGCAGCAGCAGGGGGAGCAGGGGGAGCAGGGGGAGCGGUUGGUGCUGGGCGGCAAGGCGUGAAGGUAGCCAAGCGGUGUCCGAAUUGUGCCGGCCUGCGCAAGGUCAUGUGCCCUACUUGUUUGUGCACGGGAAUGGCACUUGCAACGGAGCACGAUCCGCCAACAGAAGCAGCAGCAGCAGCAGCAGUGGCGGCGGCGGCGCGCGGCGGGCCGGAUAACUCCCUCUUUCGCUACCGCGGCGUGCGGCAGCGCACGUGGGGGAAGUGGGUGGCGGAGAUCCGCGAGCCGCAGCGCAAGGUGCGCCUGUGGCUCGGCUCCUUCGUCUCCGCGGAGCAAGCCGCGCGCGCAUACGACCGCGCGGCGCGGAAGCUGUACGGCGCGGACGCCGUGCUCAACUUCCCCGCUGCCCCCGCGCCUGCCCCCCCGCCUGCCCCCCCGCCUGCGCCGAACGGGAGAUCGUGUCCCCCCCCGCGGGCCGCCAGCGCCGAGAACCUCGAAUCGCCCGUCCCGAGCGCCGCGAAUGGCGGAGGACGAAGUGGCCCCGUCGCGAUUCUUCCCUCGAGCAACACCCGUCAGGCGGCGCACCCUCGAGCAGCACCUGGCGCCGCCCCCGAUACAAGCACAUCGUGGAGCUAUCACCUCCGCCAAGGCCUCCGCGACAGCGGCGAGAAUAUCAGCUUCCCGCGGCUGUCAAACUUCCCCAUUCCUGCCGCUGCUCCCGCCCUUAUUGCUGCUCCCAAGGCUACCCCUGCUCCCGGUUGUGACUCUGCAGCCGCCCCUGCCAUGUCACCAUGGGCGCCCCAGGUGAAAAUAGAAGGGUCGUCGGACAUUCCUGCAGCACCUGUGGUUGAUUCCAUGGGCGUUCAGGGGAAAGGAACUCGAGGCGCAUUGGAUGGGACGAAUGGGGCGAGUGAGCAAUCCUGCUUAAGCCCAGGGAAACGAGGGAGAUGCGAGGGGGUCUGCGGUGGAGAUGGGUUCGAUGCUCUGCAGGGUGAUGUGGGCGGCGGUUCUAGCAUGAAACGCGUGUGCCAGCGGGGAAAUGGAAAUGAGCCGAAAGAGAUCGAGAGUUUGGAAGGGUUGGACGGCGGCAGCAGCAACAGCAGCAAGGCUCUUGAAGAGAGUAGGAAUGCUGGAGAGGUAAGCCCCGGAAGCGAUAGUUCUUCCGGGGAUUGCGAGGCUGAGCUUGUGUCUCUAGAUUCUGAUGAGACGGAUUUCCAGCUGGAGGUAGAUGCGUGGGGAAUGGAGGGGUUGGAAAUGCUGCUUCCGGGACUUAACGCUGACGGAGAAGACGACGAGGAGGAGACAGACGAACCGCAGACCAUGCGGCUUUAUGUGGAAGAUCUGGUGACUAGCGCGACGGAUCCCACUAAAGUCGGGCUCGUUGCUGACGUGGCAGGCAACGUGGACAGCGACGAUGAUGACGAGGAUGACGACAAGGAUUCGUUAGAAGACGGAUACGCCAGGAUUUGCUGGCUCGGAUCGGAGGAACCUUCCGAGGAGCGAAUCGAGGAUCUUAAAAUUAUCGACCGUUGCUUCUUACACGGAGACGUCGUGGCGCGCGCGGACGAUCCGCUGGGGCAAACCGGGACCGUGACAGCUGUCGAGCUGCUAUUGGAUCUCGAGCUCUCGUCGGGGGAGAUUCUGAAAGAUGUGGAUUCUAGGCGGUUGGUUCCGAUCCGAUCCGUGAAACCCGGAGGUUUUGUCGUUUACCGCGACUGGGUGGGAAGGGUUGACGAUAUUAUGGAUAACCUCGUUUUGGUUCUCGACGACGGGGCGAAAUGUCGGGUUACCAAAGUCAGCCCGGACGAUUUGUAUCCGGUCAGACCGUCGGCAACGGACGACGAGGAGAGCAUUCUUUUUUGGCCUGGGCAGCGCGUGCGGGCAGCGUACUCGAGCAUCUUCCGCCGCGCCCAAUGGCUGAAGGGCACGUGGAAGCAGUCGCGCAUGGAAGCCACGGUGGCAGUCGUCGAACCCGGAACGGCGCUCGUUCAGUGGAUCACGGGAAGACAGUUCAGCAGCGGCGGCGGCGGAAGCGGCGACGGGAAUGGUGGCGGGGACGAGGGUAACAGGAACAGCAGCGGGGAUAGAGGCGCGGUUGAGGGGGAAGAGACUGCGGAGGACGGGGACGGGAAGAGCAACGGCAACGGCAGCAGCGUCAAGAAGGGAACCGCGGGGAAAGGGGAAAAAAGUAGGGGGGGCGCGGGCGGGGCGAAAGGACCUCCGCCAGACGAGCGUACUGCCAUUGUCGCCUGGGCUAGGGCUAACGGGGAGAGCAGGGCGGGAGAGUCGGGGGAAAAUGGGGAGGAUGGGGAUGGAAGGGUGGGGAGAAUGGAGGGUGGGGGUGCGGCGGGGUGGGGCGGGGUGGUGGAGUUUCAGGAGGAGUUGGCUGCGGUGUAUGAGUUGGCGGAGCAUCCGGAUUGGAAUUUCAGGCUUGGGGAUGUUGUUGUUAGGCUGGAAGCAGAGACAGGAGGGGAGACGGGGAAUGCGGCAGAGGAAAAGGCAGGGGAGGAGGCAGGGAAGGAGAAGGGAGAGGAGAAGGAAGGACUAGGAGAGGAAAGGGUGGAUCAUAAGGGAGGGGAAGGUGGGAAAGGGGAGGAGGAGGAGCGGGGGGAAAGGAAUAAUGGGACGGUUGCAGACAGGGAGGGGGAGGGAGGGGAAGUGAAAGGGAAGGAGGGAGGAGAGGAGGGGAGUGAAAUGAGACAGGAUGACGUAGCAGAGAGAGAGGAGAGGGAGAAGGUGACAGAGGAAGCGGAAGAGGAGGAAGAAGAAGUGGAGGAUGAAGGGGAAGAGGAGGAGGAAGGGAAAGAGGAGGAGGGAUCAGGUGAUUGGGAGGAGGCGGAGGAGGGAGAGGAGGGAGAGGUGGGGGGUGAUGGUGGGGAUGCGGGUGGUGGGAGCGUGGAUGCGUCAUGGGUGGGCGAGAUUGCUGCCAUGCGCCAUGGCCUUCUCACCGUUGCAUGGGCUGAUGGCUCUAUCUCCCAGCCGGGCAAUCGCAAGUGGGCCAAGGCAGUGCACAGGGACUGGGAGAUCCUCCAGACCAACCUGCCAGACUCCAUCUCUGUGCGUGUCUAUGAGGAUCGAAUGGAUCUGCUGCGGGUGGCCAUAGUGGGACCGCCAGAUACCCCCUACCACCUCGGGCUCUUCUUCUUCGACAUCUGGUUACCACCAGACUACCCGGCCGUGCCUCCGUCCGUCCACUAUCACUCAGGAGGUCUCAGGGUGAAUCCGAACCUGUACGAGAAUGGCAAGGUGUGCCUAUCGCUGCUCAACACGUGGAGUGGCAAGGGCACGGAGGUCUGGAACCCGGGCUCGUCCAUUCUGCAGGUCCUCGUGUCAAUCCAAGGCCUUGUGCUCGUGCCGCGGCCGUAUUUCAACGAGGCGGGGUAUGAGAGGCAGAGGGGCAGUGCAGAGGGGGAGAGGAACGCGGAUCUCUAUAACGAAAGUGCCUUCCUGCUGUCGGCCAAAACCAUGAUCUACUCCAUUCGCAACCCCCCCAAGCAUUUCGAGCCCCUGGUGGUGCUGCAUUUCAAACAGCAUGCUGCCGCCAUCCUUGCUCUGUGCGACACCUACGCCCGAGGGGCCAAGGUGUGUCCACUCAAGGCUGCAAGCAAGGCAAGCCCGGCUGUUGUCAAAGACACAAGCCCAACUACUCAGGACAACUCAGCUGCUAAGUACAACACAAGCCGACCCGACUCUGACAGCAUGAGUGGUUCUGAAGGUGGUCAGCAGCAGGAGGGGUCGCUGGGACAGCAGGGAGGUGCUAGGCUAGCGGAUGCGGUGCAGAGUGGUGGUGGAGGUGACGAUGGGUGUUCGGCUGGGUUCAAGAUAAUGCUGGGGAAGCUGCGUCCACAGCUGGAACUAGCCUUGGCACGGGUUGUGAAGGGAUGA